AUGAGUAGGAACCGCUUCGAGUUACUACUGCAAUACCUACACUUUAGCGACAAUUUAUCUGUCGACAGAAACGAUCGUAUUGCCAAAAUAAGACCUUUAAUCGAUGCUCUCAAUGCUACUUUCCAGAAAUAUUAUUCGCCUAAAGAAGAUGUUUGUGUGGAUGAAAGCCAAGUACCUUUCAGAGGUCGAAUAAUAUUCAGGCAAUACAAUAAAAGUAAGCGACACAAGUAUGGCAUGAAGCUAUUUAAGUUAUGUACUGUUCCCGGAUAUACUUGCAAACUUAAUUUGUAUAGUGGGAAAAACAUUGACGCAAUAAAUACUACGCCAACAAAUGUGGAGAUGGCACUAUGUGAAAAUAUAUUUGACAAAGGACACACGCUAGCAACUGAUAAUUGGUACACUAGCUUGCAACUGGCUUAUCGGUUAUUGGAGAAGCAAACCCAUUUAAUUGGCACAUUGCGAGAAAACAGAAGAGGAUUGCCUAAGGCUGUUGUUGAUUCGAAACUGCAAAAAGGUGAAACAAUGGCUAUGGAGAAUGAAGAUGGAGUAACAGUGCUUAAAUGGAAAGAUAAGAGGGACGUGCUUAUGCUGUCGACAAAGCAUUCGGACAAAAUUGCUGUGGUGGUGAAAAAAGGCAAACAGAUUCGUAAACCAAAAGUUAUUUUGGAUUAUAAUAAAUCGAAAGGGUCUGUAGGCAUGAGUGACCAGAUGGGUGCCUAUUCUUCGCCAUUGCGGAAAACCGUAAAAUGGUAUAGAAAAUUGGCAAUAGAACUACUUCUAAAUACGGCAGUUGUAAAUGCUUGGGUCAUGUACAAUGAAAAUAAGCAGAGCAAAUCUUCAAUUGUCGACUUUAGGAGGGCUCUCAUAAAUUAUUUGACUCGGCCAGCAGAUUCCCAAGAAAUAAUUAUCAAUGAAAGACCUAAAAGACUCAAGCAUGUUCUAAAAUUAAAGGAAGGAAAAGUAAGAGACACGCGUCGUUUUUGCGUGCAAUGUUAUAAAGAUUCAGUACAAGAAUUUGGUCGUAAAGUAGCUAAGAAUAAAGCUAAGAAAGUGAGUACGUACUGUGUGCAAUGUAAGGGGGAGCCUCACUUUUGUCUAAAAUGUUUCAAUUAUGUCCAUCGCUAA